AUGGCCGCGGCCACGGGCAACCCACGCCGUACGAAGGACGCAUGGGAGUCGCACAUUGCCGGCGAUUUCGCAUUUCACUUCCUCUUGACGAACCAGCUCCUGCCCCUCCUCAAAGCCACGGCCCGUCUACCGGGGGCAGACGUCCGCAUCGUCGGCCUCACCUCCGGCGCCGCAUCCAGCUUCCUACCCGCGGGCUACAAGCCCAACUUCACGUCCCGCGACGUCCUCGCCAACCCGGCCCCGUACUACCCCUGGGCCUGGCGCUGGUUCACGAGCAGGGUCUUCGUCCUCGACAUGAUCCUCUACUCCAUCGGCAAGAUUGCCGGCACGGGCUUCAUCCGGGCACUGCAGCGUCGGCUCGACGAGGAAGGGGUCCCGGUGCUCUGCACAUCGAUCCAUCCUGGCGAGGUGCGUACCGAUAAGACGGUUGGGUCGAUGGUGCCGUGGCUUGCGUCGCUUGUGGACGGCAACUUCUUGUCGUUGGAGGAGGGGUCUGGGCAUACUAUUUUCGCGGCAGCGGCGCCGCAGUUGAGAGAGGAGGAGGCAAAGUACAAGGGGCAGUAUCUUAUGCCGCUUGGCAAGGUUGCGAAGCUGCAUCCACUUGUUGAGAAUGAUGAGGAGAUUCAGGGGCUGUGGCAGAACUCUGAGGCGGCUAUCAACAAGGUAUUGGCGGAGCAGGGACUGCAGGAGAUGUUGCCUUGGUAG